GGUUGGUCUGCAGGCAAGAACAUCUCAACAGAAGAUUAUUAAAAUGAAAAAUACCAUAGUUUUUUUAACGUGGGUCACUGUGGUCCUACUAACUACAAUCACAGACAACAGUGCUGCAAAUUUAACAGCUACAUCUAAUGAUCCCUGCAACAAUUACACGUCUCUGGAUCAACCCUGGAGAGCCACUAAUGCAACUGGACUGUGGAUCUGUGACAGAUUCUUCAACUGGAAUGGCUGGUAUCGGCUGCUGUAUAAUGAGAUGAGUGUCCGUAUGCCAGAGAGCUGUGUUAAUCAGUCCAGAUGUGGUACUGAUAUUGCUCUGUGGCUGAAUGGAUCUCACCCUCAGAUAGAGGAUGGAAUAGUCACUCGUGGGGUCUGUGGGAGUUCAGGAAGUGACUGCUGUUACUACAGAUCCACCCCUAUUCGAGUCAAAGCAUGUCCAGGAAACUAUUACGUCUAUGAGUUCGUCAGGCCUGACUCCUGUGUUGCUGCUUACUGUGCAGAUGUGAACACCAUUACUCCGAACACUGCCCCGACGAAUGUGACCAGUGUUGCUGCAUCAAAUAUAAACACUACAGACACUGCAAACAACAUGACUUUUGACCCCUGCAGUCUCUACAGUGUUCUUGAUAAUAAUUGGAGAAGAACAGAUAGUGGGUUCUACCAUGGUAGCUUUGAUGACACUCUUCUUGAAUGGAGUGGCUGGUAUCGUCUGUAUCUUCAGGGUCAAAGUGCUCAGAUUCCUGAAUCUAACUGGUGCUGGAGUUUUGUGACCUGUGGUGGUUACACUGCACUUUUACUUGGCGGAUCUCAUCCUCAACCACAGGACGGCAUCGUCACCAGAGAAAUCUUUGGAACAUACGUUUCCUCAGUUGAUAGUAGACAAUGUAAUUCCUACAGAUCAAACCCAAUCCAAGUCAAAGCCUGCCCAGGAAAUUACUACGUUUACAGACUCGUCAAGCCAGCGGUAUUACUUCCAAUACCUACAUACUGUGCAGAGACAUCAAGAUCAUUUGGGCAUGCAGCUUCUGAGGAAACAUCAAAACCUACAACUGUAAAUUUGCCAGACGCUUCAACAAGAGAUAUGCAAGUAAUAUUAACAGACAAGAAAACAACUGUGACUGCAUACUCAGACGACUCUGUAACUACAAUGGAGCCAGUAACUCCAACACAGUUACUUAAUGAACAAACUUCUACCACAGCAGGGCAACUGCCCACUUCUACAACAACAUCUACUUUGACCCAAACCUCAUUCACGUCAACUGAACCAACAUCUGUGAGACAGGAUACACUUGAUUUUCCAACUACUGUAGUUUCUACCACUGGUCAACUUAGUCAGUCUGCCACAGCUACAGCUGACUAUACCACCGAUACUAGUUCAGCACCAGCAUCACCUACCAGAAGUCAGGCUCUUUCAUCUGCUACUGAACCAGAAAUAUUCAUGCCUACAACAACAUCUACUUUGACCCAAACCUCAUUCAUGUCAACUGAACCAACAUCUUUUUUAGUUCCCUUCCAGCAGAUCACCCUUAAAACGUCUGAAUACCCCGUGCUGUACACUUUGCAGGGAACUACGGGGGUGAUUGAAAAGCACCUAUAG